CCGAACCGCUUAAAAACAAAAUUAUGCAAUGUUUGCACACAAUUUCAUUUCAACGAAUUUAAUCAAACGGAAUAAACAGCCACUGAGAUGUUAAAUGUAUUAGAAAGUUUGGAAUGUGUUGCUUAUAUUAAUGCAUUUGUGACUAGCACAGUAAGGGUUCGUAAAAUGGAUUUAUUUUGAAAAAAAGAAAGAAAUAAAGAUCUGCUGUGUAUAGAUUACAGGAAUCGAUCAUGGCUUUCCGUGAACAACAUACGCUUUCAAGAUUUGUUCUUCGAUUGACAUUGUUUCUCCUCACGGUCAAACAGGUUGUGGCAUCACACACAUCAUGUCGCAACAACUCAUUUUGGCCAUGUAGCUGCGAGUGUUAUGAAAAUACGACGCCUCUGUUUAUCGUUGAUUGUUCAUCACAGUCAUUGAAUGAGGUACCACCAUUUGUUAACGUUUCACUUAGUGCCAUCAUAGAGCUUAAUCUCGCCAACAACAAUCUUUCGCGCUUAACCGCGAUCUCUGAAUCACCAUUUGCAGGAUUCAUCAAUUUGACGACAUUGGAUUUGAGUAAUUCAUCUUUAUCAAUGAACGGAUCGAAAGGAUCUAUAAUCAAUGCUACUACAUUCGCAGGACUCGAUUCUCUAGAGGAGCUUGACGUUUCAAACAACCACAACAUGCCUUUCACAAAUUUGACAGAUUCGAACCUCUUCAAGAACUUGCCAUCUCUUAAAAUAUUGAGAAUGUAUGGGACCACACAUGUAUCGUAUGCAAAUGAAAGCUAUCCGAAUAAGCUGUGGUAUAAUGUACCCACACUGGAAGAAAUCUGGAUAGAUGGACUACCAUUCGGAGUGUUUGGAGAAGAGUUUAAACGAAUGCCAAACUUGAAAAAGAUCCGAAUUUCUGGCGAUUUAAUAGAUCCACCGCGGCUGGCUCAUAAAUAUUGUAAUAUCGCACAUAUAAGCAAUGAGAUGCUUACAAAUUUGGAACAUAUCUCGAGCCUUUCAAUAAUUCAUUGCAAUGUUCGUUCAAUCUCCGAUCUGGCAUUUGAUGGCGUCAAAAAUCUAAGCGUUUUGGACCUUACGUGUAAUUUAGAAUUAGGCUUUGUCAACGCGUCAAGGGGUUUUGGUCGCCUAAAUAGCGGCCUAAAAAUGCUCGCAUUAAACAAUAUUGACAGACAAUAUUAUGUAAUUAUAAAUGAAAGUAUCACAAAGAGCCUGCAAAAUACAUCUCUUACACAUUUAUACAUAGAAAGCAACAAUAUUUUCAGGUUUCAUGAUAAUGCUUUUAUCAACUUACCAAGAAGUUUAAAGAAAUUGUAUGCUGGCAACAAUAGAUUUGAUAUGGAUUAUUACCUUAUGCAUCUAAAAGACUUAACCAAUUUGGAAUUAUUAGACCUCUCGUUAAACAAACUAACGCUUUAUGACAAUAACACCAACCAUGAUUUAAUAGACAUGUGUUUAUCGGAUUUAAAUGAAAUACCAAAGAAAUUCAAGAGUCGCAUUUCCACGCACAAAAACACAAAUGCAGCUUUUAUUAUAUCAGGCUGCAUUAAUCAAGUUCAGGUUAAGAUACCCACUGUUUUGCCACCUAAACUCGAAACACUUGAUGUUCAUUCUAGUAACUUGGGGCUAGCCCUAUACGCAUACACGGCUAAGAAUAAUUCUUUAAAAACGGUGUAUGCCUCAAACGCUUUAUUAAACAGUUUGCCGAAUCCAUUGCCUGAGUCUAUAUCCUUGACACAUCUUGACUUGAGUUCCAAUCUUUGUUCCGACGUUCAUCGCACUGUAUUUGCGGAUCUGCGUUCUCUCCAGUUUCUAAAUCUGUCUGGAAAUCAUCUUAGCUUUGCAAUGACAAAUUAUGCUGAUUUAUUUGAAAACAAUAUACAGCUUAGACAUCUGGAUAUAUCAAGAAAUGAACUUAAUUCAUUAAAUUAUAAUCUUUUAAAAAAUCAGAUAAAUUUGACGUUCUUGGACCUGUCACUAAACAAACUUAAAUCGUUCACCAUAUAUGCAGAUAACUUAACAAAACUCAAAGUGCUAAAUCUUUCACAAAAUUGUUUUUUAACUUGGACUGAAUUUAAACCGAUUUUACACGUUAUUGGAAACAAUGUUGAAAACAGAAACGAAACAGUUGUUGAUCUGAGGAACAAUGAUUUUUUAUGUUCAUGUAACGCUGAUGUCGUGGCAUUCAUGAAAAGCGUGGCUGAAGACGUCCGAAGUCAGCGGUAUUUACUACAGUUUACAUGCAAUGAAAACGAAGUCAACACUCAAACAGACUUUGAAUCAUUCAAAAACAAUUUUGAUAACAAUUGUAGCACCUUAACAUCUCGGAUUAUACUUAGUGUGAUGAUGACCGUGAUUAUUUUGUUAAGCAUAAUUGUCGCUAUGUUGGUGUAUAAAUUUCAAUGGAAAAUAAAAUACUGGUUUUACGUUCGAAAUGGCAAACGGCGUAUGCGAAAUGGAUAUACCGUCAUUCAAAAUUCCAAUGAUUGGUCGUAUAAAUAUCACGCAUAUUUGGCGUAUUCUUACGAGGGACAGGAAUUCAUCGCGGACACUGUCUUACCCAAACUGAGUGAACUCGGGUACAAAGUGUUCAGUCAAGAAGACAUUAUUCCUGGUUUGAACCUUUGUAGUGUUAUUGGAAACGCUAUCCACGUAAGCAGAUGUGUUUUGUUUGUUGUAAGUUCAGGUUGCGAGGACUCUAAUGAAUGGACUAUUGCGGUCCAUAUGGCGAACGAAGAAGCGAUCCAGAGAAGGAAACACAUCACGUUGGUACUAUUAUAUGAUUACAACUUUGUGGAUGGGAUACCGGAUGCAGACAAGUUAAUACACCAAGACUAUUUCAUACAAUUUCCUCUUCAUGGCAGUGACCAUGAGGUAACCGCGUUCUGGAUUGACUUUGAAUAUAAACUGAAUUCUAUUGACAACUCUGCGAUAGAAACAUCAAUGACUUGCCUUGCAAGAAAUAAUGAACGCUCCUGAAGCAAGUUUGUUCGUGUAACUAUGUUACAAAUAUGAGACAUCGCUUGGAAUUUACUGUACGUGUAAACAUUUGCGACGCUGUUAUUAUAUAGUGUCUAUACAUGUAAUGUCCAAAAGCGUGAGAAGUACAUCAUCGUUGUAUAAUGCGUGACACGUGUAAUGCGAUCACUCCUUAUAUAUUGGUCGAGGACCACUAGCCGAAGAGGACCAAUAACUAUAAACUUGUUAAAUUAAUUAGAGUUCGAUCGAUCAUGUUAAAUGUGCAUAAAAUGUGUUGCAGAAAACCAUAUCAUGUCAAACUUGUUUUGAAAUAUAUAUAUAUAUAUAUAUAUAUAU